AUGCGGGAUGCGGGAGCGGAUGCAUACGGGCUGGAAGGAGCCGCCGCCGACUGUCCGGGGACUCGUUACGUCCGAACUACUACGAGUGUGGUUUCGCGCAGGACCUGGCCGGCAGCCGGCCCACGCCCGGGCUCCGGCGCCACUUUCCAGCACGCUCCGCAGAUCCAGGACUUCUACCACCACAGCGCCUCCACGCUGCCGAGUAACCCGUACCAGCAGAGCCCUUGUGCGGUUACAUGCCACGGCGAGCCGGGCAACUUCUACGGAUACGACGCCCUGCAGCGCCAGACGCUUUUCGGGGCCCAGGACGCUGAUCUGGUCCAGUACAGCGACUGUAAGCUGGGAGGUGCGCCGGGGAUCGGCGGCGAGGACGCGGAGGGAACCGAGCAGAGCCCCUCGCCGACGCAGCUGUUUCCCUGGAUGAGGCCGCAAGCAUCCGUGCCGAGAGGGAAACCCCGUCAGCCACUGGGCAUCGUGGUCACGUGGUUCAUGAGGCAAUGGAAGAAAGGAGGAGAAAAGUUGCAUGGGUCGACACUAAAGCGCCCCAGGUCUACGAAUCACCGGCGUCAAAUUAUGAGUUCGCUCUACUUUGCCAAUGCGCUGUUUCCCAAACACCAACAACCCAGUGCGAGCUGUUUCACUCUGCUCCUCACGUCUCCCUCCUCGUUUUUCUCUGCCUCUCCUGAUGUGUCAUCUUCGUGCGUGCUUGUGUCCAGUGAUUAUGUCUCCAGUGGCAUAGGCAGCAGAGAACCCCCUGUCUUUCUCUUCUUCAUCUCCUUCCCCACCUUCAAUUCCCUCUUAUUCGUCAUCAUUCUAUUUCUCUCUUUCGGGACUACAAGGGACCAACAGGGGUACCAGUCUACAUCAUAUUCUCUGAAACGAGCAGAGGAGAAGUAUCGCGAGCUGGGAGGCGUGCGCCUGUGCCCACCUCUGCAGAGAUGUUCCGUGAAACGGUUUACCGGUCCACCUCAGCGCUGCUUGCUGCUCACCAGACACCCAGAGCCGCCCUGUAGGGGGCAGAUAAGACAUCAGCGCCAGAUAAACCACCAGAAGCUACGGAUUUACCCCUGGAUGAAAAACUCAGGUGCCGACGGGAGGCAGGAUCAGCAGACGUGCACACGUCACCGCCGGACGCUCGAGCUAGAGAAGGAGCUUCGACCUGCACCUCCCGACGGAGGAUCGAGGUCGCGCUCGCCCUCUGCCUCAGGGAGCUGCAGAGCAAGAGCUGGUUCCAGAACCGGGGAAUGGAAGAAGAAGGAUUAGAUCAGCACCACCCUUCUUCCUCUCCUCCACGGCUGGAGAGGAAGAGGAGUGUUUAUAUACACAGUCUAAGACAACAGCUUAUAGGCCUACAGUCCCAAAAUGAAACGCGACCUUGUUGUGCAGUGUUGUCAUCCAGAGAACAGCUAGUCUGGGUGAAAAAGGACACGUUACAUGCAUAAUCUUGUGCCUCAGAUUAGGCUAGUAGACUGUGCACUGACAUACAUUUCAGGCUAAAAAGAGCAGCCCGUUGUCCAAAUAGCAGACCUUCAACUUGUCUCUUAAACGUGUGCUAAAAGUGGAGAAACAGCGUGGAGAGAAUUCAGAACAAUACCUGACAAUAUUAAACGAUGAGGAUCUUUUUAAAGGUAUAAUUUGUGUGGUUAAGUUUCAGUAUCCAAGUCGAAAGGGACGGGACAGUGGUUGAAUGAAUGGACAAGGUGUUUAUUAGCCUGUUAGUGCUAAUGCUAACAGUGUAUUAGCCUUAGAGUAAGAGGGGGGGGUUGCGGCUUUUAGCCACAGAGCUCGGUCACUUUUAUUUGAAUAUUGACUGAAGCGUCCGAUAAUAUCAACCCAUCAAAUUAUUAGUGGUAAAACUGGAUGCAAAUGAAGCGUGAGUUCUGAUUCAACAGUUUAAAAUAAACUGUUUUGCUUGUUUUCAUCAAACAAAGUAAUGUCCCUGAAAUUCCUGAACCUAUAAGUUCAUGUCUAAUGUGUUUUAUAGGGCUGUCUGUUCAAUUCGAUUACAGUAAAUGCAUUUUUUUAUAUAUAUAAUUGACUGUUUUUGUCUUUAUAUUCUGUAUUUGCACCUGUUUCCAUGUUGCCUGAGACAUAGUCAAACUGAAAUGCACUUAUGAAAACUGUUAAACUGAGUGUGCUCCCCCUUUGCCUGGAAAUAGUCCCAGAUAUUAGCUGUUUAAGGGUUUGAGGCUCUGUUGGAAUAUAUAAGACAAAACUAUGAAUAUUGU